ACAGCUUUAUCCUUUUCAAAAUAUCACUUUUCCUUGAAAUUAUAACUGGGACCAAAUCUGAGAACAAUUUACAAUCCAUAUUUCGUACAAACAGUAACAAAAUGACGUUCCGUCUGAUGACUUAAAAAUAUGAAGAAAAACGUUCUACCGACAACCACCUAGUUUUAAAUCAAUGCGUAAUUAGUAUAGAUAUGCCGUUACAACAGUCUCCUGGGCAACAGUAAGUUUUAUUAAAUCAAUAGCCACAUCCACUAAUACUGAUCAGCUCAAAAAAUUAUAUGAGAUUAUUAAGAAUUCAAUUGAAACUAGUUUUUACGUGACUGGAGGUUGAUAACGUUACUUUGCACUUUUUUAUUUUUACAAAGCUUUUAGUUUGUCAUGCACUAUUUUAUUUUUUGUAACGUUAUACAAAGUUAAAAAAUGAAUUCAAGUAAAAUUAAUGUAAAAUGUUCUAAAUAUGAAAAAUCAGAAGCUAUACGACGUAAUAAGAUGUAUUGGAAAAAUGUUAUAGCAGAGUUGGAUAAAGACAAAGAUCAGCUGAACGCUUACGAAUUAAAAGACCUAUCAAGAGAAUUAUCAAGUGACCUGUGUGAAAGAGUUUGUGCGAUUCUAGAUUAUGAAAUGGUUCAAGAAUCGAAUGACAAAAUUACAUCCAAAACACAACAGCAGACUUCAAAAAUGAAAAAAGAGCCAUUGUUUUCAAAACGAAAAUCAAUUAUAAUUGAACGAGACUUAGAAUCAGAUACCGAUGUUGAAAUUUGUAGCAGUGAUGAUGAAGCAGAUAGAACAAAUAUACAUCGACAAUUCUUAGAUAAACCAGAACGGGAACAAAUAACUUGGAACACCAGGUUUCUUCGACCAGAAAGAGAAGAGGAAAAAAGUCUUAUAAAACGCGCGAACGAUCUCACGGAAAGGAUAACACAGGAUUUUUGCGAUUAUAUGCGGGCUUUAGGGGGUGACCAGCAAUCACAGCUCUUUACACCUAAGUCUAUAAAAGAGUUAUUUCAAGUAGAAUUUGACACACAUGUUGCUCGUAGUCUUCAAGUUGUGCCAAAAGAAAUGCCCACUGUCAUCAACAAAAUUGCAGAAGUUACAGGAAAUAUAGAGUUAUCCCGCAAUGCUGCGUUAGCCCGAGAAAUAACUAAAGAUAUUAAAAUAGAAAAGCGUCCAGAUCGAUUAACAGCUUUCGGACGAAGUCUUCCUAGAGGGGAACAAUGGCGAACACCCAAGAAUGACACCAAAAACCAGUGGCGAUCUGCUAAACAUGUUCCCAAAGAUCUAGUCUCAUUAAAAACUGUAUGGGAAGGGAUCACAAAUAUAAGGAGCGUAAGAGAAUACUGCCGUUGGAUGAUCCAACAUCCCGAGCAUAGGAGAGCGCCUUACUUGAACAGUCUGGGCAUGUUCGACCCAGCCGUGCUCAAUGCCAGGCUUACCAUGGAGUUGCAGCACCACGCAUCUCCUACAACACAUAACAAUGCCCCAGCGCCUAUUGACCACCUACGUCGUAGAUUAUCACAACUAGCUGAUACCAAUUAGAU